CCUUGCGACAUGGAAGCCGCGAUGGCAACGGGCGCUGGGCCGGCGGGGCUUACGGCAGCUGGGCCACGGGGACGCGAGGGCGCUGCUGAGGCGACGGCGGCGGGCGGCCUCCCUCAGUCUCCCGCCGCCGCCACCUUCCUCAGCCUCCCGACGCCUUUCGAGGAAGAAGAUGAAGAUGAUAGGCACAAAUGUGGUCGCUGCCAGUCCGAGUUCACUUCUUUGGAAGAAUUUGUGCAGCACAAGCUGCAGAAGAUUUGCCAGAGACCUCAGGAUGCAACCGCAGCAGCAACCCAGGUGAUUUCGCCAGUUGAAGCAGCUAUAACUGUAGCUCAUAUAGUUGUUGAAGCAGCUCCAAUAACAGAAGAAAUCGGCCAUGUACCUGAAAUUGUAGGUAGUGGGCAAAUCAAGGAGGUUGUUGUAGGUGAAGAUCAUGUCUUUGAAAGCCCCAAUGGCCACAGUGAUGAAGAUGGUGGAAUUACUCAGAAUAAUCCAGAAGGCCCAGGGGAAGGUGCUUCUCUGGAACUUAUCAAAGUUAAACUGCUGGUUAAUAAGGAAGGUCGUUACGUCUGUGAAUUAUGCCACAAGACAUUUAAGACGGCCAGCAUUCUCAAGGCUCACAUGAUCACUCACAGCAGCAGGAAGGACUACGAGUGUAAGUUAUGUGGGACAUCUUUCAGGACCAAGGGCUCGCUGAUCCGACAUCAUCGUCGUCACACAGAUGAGCGUCCUUACAAGUGCAAGAAAUGUGGGAAAAGCUUCCGGGAAUCAGGAGCCUUGACUCGACAUUUGAAAUCCCUAACGCCAUGCACUGAGAAAAUCCGUUUCAAUAUGAACAAAGAAAUAGUUGUUAGCAAAGAGGACGUAGCCUCAGGGGCUAGCAACUCCAGCAGUGAAGCCAUCCCCUCGCUGGCAGCUCCGUCCGUGGAGACCUCCCCUGUAAUCCACCUGGUGACGGAUGCAAAAGGGAAUGUCCUCCAUGAGGUCCAUGUCCAGAUGCAGGAGCUCCCCGUCUCGGAAACCAAGGCAUUAGGACAAGAGUCGUCCAGUCUUGAGGAACUGUCCCCAGACCGAGAGGACAAUGAGAACUUACUGCGAGAAGCCAUGAGGAAUUCUGGAAUUGUGAUCGAGCGGGUUUCCAUAGAGGAGAGUGCCAAGUCCGAUGAAAACGGCAUAGCUGGAGCUGCUGAGGACUUAAAGGACAAAGAGGUGGAAACAUCUGAGAAAUUGUGUGAAGAGCAGUAUGUGGAAAUUGAGCACCUAGAAGCUCCAGAUCCUGAGGCGACCCAUGAAUGUAAGCGACACGCGUGCCCUUAUUGCAGCGAAACCUUCAAGGAGCAGAGCAGUCUCGACCUCCACAUCAGUGGACAUCUAGACUACAAGUCUUUUACAUGUGAGGAGUGUGGCAAAGAAUUCACCAAAGGAUACUUGUUGAAAAAGCAUCAGGAAGUGCAUGUGAACGAACGGCGGUUCCGUUGUGGGGAGUGUGGCAAGCUGUAUAAGACAAUUGCACAUGUGAAGGGGCACAGGCGAGUGCAUUCUGACGAGCGGCCGUAUCCUUGCCCCAAAUGCGGGAAGAGGUACAAGACCAAGAAUGCACAGCAGGUUCAUUUCCGAACGCACCUGGACGAAAAGCCGUUCGUCUGCCAGUUCUGUAACCAAGGCUUUCGGGAAAAGGGCUCUUUGGUGCGCCACAUCCGUCACCACACGGGCGAGAAGCCAUUCAAGUGUUACAAAUGCGGCCGUGGGUUUGCGGAGCAUGGCACCCUCAAUCGGCACCUGAGGACCAAAGGUGGCUGCCUCCUUGCCUUGAAAGAAGCUGAAGAAGCAGUGGGGUCAGAGGAGGGCCAGUCGGCUGACCGUUUGGCUGCGACAGUCAUUUCGGAAGAUCCCCCUACGGUCCUGGUGGAGUUUUCCUCAGUGGUGGCAGAUACACAGGAAUACAUAAUUGAGACAGCUGCUGAAGACCUGGAAACCAGCGAAGCUGCUGAGAUCAUCGAAGGAACCAGGCACGAGGUGGACAGUCACAUAAUGAAAGUGGUUCAACAGAUAGUAAACCAAGCCAAUUCUGGCCAUCAGAUAAUUGUCCAGAAUGUCACGGUGGCAGAUGACUCAACCAUGACAGCAGAGGGCGUGGACCCCGACACAAUUGCCAUAGCAACUCCGGAGAGCCUGACCGAGCAAGUCGCUAUGACCCUGGCUUCAGCAAUUGGGGAAGGGGCUGUGCUGACCACGGAGGGCGGGGGGGAGGUGGAGGAAGCCACCGUCACCAUGGUGGCAUCCGAAGACAUUGAGAUAAUGGAGCACACGGGGGAGUUUGUGAUCGCAGCCCACGAGGAGGAUGACGACCUAGAAGUUCAGGCUGUGAUUGUCUAGGGCGCCGGGAGGGGGAGGAGAAGCUUUUCAGAGUGGCAGCCUGGCUGCACCCAGGUCCCAGGUCACGUGACGUCGCCCCAAGAGCCAGUUUGUGUGCUGCUUCUCACGCCGUGUUCACUGAGCAAGUGAUGAAUGAACAAGUGGCCACGUGUUCUGGUCAGGGAGAGUACCUGGCUCUUCUGGGUGUGGCAACCAGGCAGUUGUCGAGUAAAGCACUUUAGAGUAAAAAAAAUAUUGCGUGCAGGGAUACUUAAUGACGUGGCAGUGAGAGGUUCCCACGUGUGGGAGGAAACUCGGCUUGCUUUUUUUCAUAGGAAUGUGGGUUUUAUCAUUUUAGAAAACCAGUGGCUUUAUUUGCAUUGCCAGAAUACUCAGAAAGGCCACACUGUACAUUUUUGCAACCAUGUAGCUUUUAAUUAUCUAUUGUCUGAUUUAACUUGUAAAUAUUUUUUUAAACAAAACACUUUUUUAUAUUAUUGUAUUCUGAUGUAAUUAAAGGAGAGUGCUGAAGGCUUCAAAUGUAUCAGUGGUUAUUUCUCUCCCAGGAAUGUCUGUCGGUGUAGCAGGAAAAGGAAUUGUGCAAGAGGCCUCAAACAGAAAUUUAGCCCUUAUAAUUUAAGGAUGGGAGGGACCCAACCAUAGAAUUGUCUUCUUAGAAGUUUCAAAUACCCACAUAAUGCAGUUCAGGGCUUUGCAUAGUUCCAGUUACCUGCAGAACUAGCUCUGGAGUGGGCCUUGCUGGUAAUUUGCAGCAGGAAAUGAAAUAGACGUAGGCCUCCACUCACGUCACCAAAAAUAUGUAAUAAUUUAUAAAAUAUGUAGUAAUAACAAUACAGACAAGCAUUCAUCAUAUAACACUCCAAGACUUAACCGUAAAAAUCCAUAAAAAGACAAGUAUAGAGGAGAUGGCAGUAUUUGGAGACGGCGGACUAGGAGAGAGAGAACUGGA